AUGGCCGCGGUCAGCGCCCAUGUGCUCGCCGUGUGGCACGAGCACCGGCGCAUGUUCCUCGCGUCCAUGGGCAUCGUCUUCAUGGGCCUCGUCUUCUUCCUCGUGACGACGUCAGGCAUCUCGCCGUUCCCGCCGCCGUCGCCGCCAUCCUCGCCCUUUAUGACGUUCAACGUUCUCCAGUACAACAUCUUUGACCGGCCAUAUGCAGUGUCGCACGACGGCCAGGCCGAGCGCCUUGCGCGCAUUCCGCAGUCGAUUCUGACGCUGUGCCCGCACUCGUGCGGCGGUGUCGACGUUGUGACCUUCGCCGAGAGCGACAUCGAGUCGGACCGCAACGUCAUGCUCGAGGCCUUCAGUAAAGCAGGAUACCUCUACCAUACGACGAUCCUUGCCGAGACGGACCCGUUCACGAGCUUGAUCAAUGGCGGUGUGCUCAUCGUGUCCAAGUGGCCGAUUCUCCGCGAGGCCCAGCACAUCUACCGCGGUGCAUGCCACUACUCGGACUGCCUUGCGGCGAAAGGCGUCAAGUACGCGCGUGUCAACAAGACCGUCCAUGGCGUCUCGAAAGCCUUCAAUGUCUUUGCGACACACAUGCAGGCGUGGUCGACAAAAGAAGGCAUGGAAGACCGCAUCAAGCAAGCGCAGCAGUUUUACGCAUUUGCCCAAGCGCUGGCGAUUCCACAUACCGAGCCGAUGGUGUUUGCUGGCGACUUUAACGUCGACAACCACUCGUUCCCGGACGAGGUGUCGAACCUUGUGCGCCUCUUGCACGCGACGACGCCGACGCGCGUUGGCAGCGAGCUCUUCACGAGCGAUCCGCAUCUCAACUUGCUCGUGGGCCGAGACGGCGCGGCCAAGUCGGGCAAGUGCCUCGACCAGUACGUGGCGAGCUGGGGCCCCUCCAUUACCUCGAGCCAAGUGUUUCGCGACCCGUCGUCGGCCAUGUGUUUUUGUCCGUGCUGUCCGUCCGAGUGGCUCGACUACGUCUUGUACGCCGAGCCGCCGUACCAGCAGCCGAUCGGUGCGCCGACGCUCGAGUCGAUCGUCAACCAAGUGCCGGCGGCGUUUCCAGUGCCGUGGAGCGGCCCGUCGCUCUUGCCGUCGUCGGCCGACGACGCAUCCUUGGCCCUCGUGGACCUUUCAGAUCAUUUCCCGGUCCUUGGCAAGUUCAAGUUUCCGCUGAAUGCGUCCGAGCCAGUCGUGCACCUCGACGGGUGCUCGAACGACGACGACUGCCGCUUCCAUAGUCUUCGUUGCUACUGCGAGGGCCCAGGCUGCUACUUUAAUGGCAGCCACAUUGAUGGCGGCACCCUGCCGUCCGACCACCCCGUCAACAAGAACUGCAUCUUGCUCAAGACGCGCUUCGUUUGCGCGUGCGGCCCGACGUAGACAUGCGCUGCCUUUCUGCCUUUUUAUCGUUGUCAC